UCACGAUAACCUGAGCUGGAGCCAUCCAGAAAAAAAUUGAACAUUCCUACUUAAAAAGAUCAUGGAAGAGUCACUAAGAAAGUUUGCGGCGGAAAAUUUCAGUCAUAGAUACUUCCCCGCACUUCACGGCGAAAUAGAUAAGGUACAACCCCUGACAAUGGUGGUACAAAAGAAUCGGCCUCUUUGGAAGCGACCUUUCGUAAAAUUGGAAGUCAUAGUCCUUGCAGAACUGGCGAAAUAUGUUCAAGGAGAGAAAGAGACUGAAGAUUUUCGUGGUUGCUCGAAAAAUAAGAUCAAAGAGGAAAUGCUUAUCUCAUCGCCGCACGAAACAAUUGCCAUGGGAUUCAGAGAACAAAACCUUGGUGUGGGUGUUGGAGGAAUUUUGGAGGGAAACAUCAGAUUAAGUAAUGAUCAAGGAGUUCUGAAACUGGGAAAACUUAGCCAGAAAUAUAUCGAUGAUCCAGAUCUCCGUGGCCUUUUAGCAAAGACCGCAAUGGAUCCUACCUUGAUGAAGAGUUUCGCCGAAGGGGAUAAACUGCUUCUUAUCACUUCAGUGGUUUACAGUGAGAAGUUUGAAUUAACAAGGCAAAUAAAAGAAGAGACCGAGGCUGAAGUCAAUGUGGAUGGGGUGCCUGUGGCAAGUCCGUUUGUCAAUUUUUUUAAGACCACGGCAACCAAAAUGCAUGCCCGCUACAGCAGCUCAACUCAGCAUUCAGAGCUGGCAUCUAGGACCGCACAUGCACCACUCCUCUUCAAGUGUUGCACUGUUGAUUACAUAAAAGAAGAAAAUCGACUGGAAAUCAGGAAAGGGGAAUACGUUGGUAAAGUAGUUACGAGGGACACAGCAGCCGAGGGUCUUGUGAAGCGUGAUGACGAAGAUUAUGACAACACUUUGGUGGAAAUUUUCUCAGACGAGACCGAUGCACCAGCCCCUCUCACUCCGCAAGAUGUCAAGAAACUGGACUCGAUGCUUCAAAAUGUUCUUCUACCUGUGAAGAACAUAGACAAACGCAAGGAGCAGAUUGGAAAGUAUCUUCGUUGGUUUGAAGCAGCAAUGGUAUCAGAGCAGGAUGAGGUCCUAAUUCAAGACUCAGUAGCACCGGAUGACUGUGAACUUCUUAAACUUGCGUUUCUUUCUGCCUCAGAAGGAUCAACUCUGCUGGACAUGUCAUCCCUCACAAAACCAGAUAUUCACGGAUACGUUGUUGUCCUCAAACACCUUUUAGAUUUGACCGAUGAAAAGUGGAGAAAAUUGGAGCAGUGCAAUGCAGAAUCUGAUUAACCACGACUGUGAUAACAAUGGCCAAUAUACUUCUGAUACUAAGAUAGAAGUUUUCUAUUUAAAACGAUUAAGGUUUGAGCUGAGCACGUUUGCUAGAAGUAAUUUUAAUAUCAAUUUCCGCUUCAAUCUUUACCAUUAUGUAAUUUCCACUAGUGAAAAGUUGUCCACGUAAGAUCGCUUUGCGAUUGAGUGUUGCGAGACCAAAAUCAAACUCAUCAAAAUAGACCAAUUAGAACAAUGGAAAUUUUGCAGCGAGCCAAUAAGAACUCACAGUAAGACCACGAAUCUUCUUUAAGGGCAGUAAUUGGGCUAUAUUGGAUUUAAGUUCUGCUUCCCCCCCUCCCCCCUCCUCCCCGUGUUAUAAUAAGUAAUCUAUAGUAUGCAAGAGAUUUUGUCCAAAAUUCGACAAUGAUUAUCCAUACCAUACGAUCUUACGAAAAACCGACGGCUUCGCCGAGGACUUCAUCUAUGAAAAGUAUCUCUGUUUUUCCUGAGAACUUUAAAAUACGCAAGAUUUUUUUACUUCUUUGCAUGAGGGAAGAAUACUUUUCCAAUUUCUGCACAAAGAAUGCUCCAUUUCCAAUUGGGGAAACGAGAAAUUCCUGUAUUCCACAGCCUUUUUCAGAGAACAACGAAGUUGGUUGUUCAAUCAUUUUCCUAUUUUCAUUGGAUAGCAAAAAUAAAUUAAAAUACCCCUCAGCGUC